CUGUCGCCAUUACUCUUUAACCUGUCGACCUACGCUGGUUAAACCCGUCAUUCCGCCUCCAAAAUGCCGAAAAACUGUGUUGUUUUUGGUUGUGCUAACCACAACUGGAAACAGGGAAAACAAAGGUUGUAUUUUGUUCUGCCAAAGCGCGAUAAAAGCCCACAGAGACGAGACAAAUGGCUCGCAGCUUUACACCGGGAAAACGAGGACGGUUCUCACUGGAGUCCCCCAAAGGCCCGGGUCGUGUGUUCGGAUCACUUCGUUUCUGGUGUCUCCCCCAGCCUAAGAGAUUUCUCCAGUGGUUGCUGUCGCCGUCGCCGCUGUCACCAUUCCUCCACAUCCAGGCCUCCCUCGCCCCUCCCCCUCCCCCCCCGCCACAGAAGCGUUGGCUGGAUUCCAGGGAGGCGGCGAUCCUGCAGUCACGUCUUCACCGCUCACUGUGGGGCGACCCUCCUGGCCGGGAUGCCACUGUGUGCCGUGCCAGGUGGACUCUGAGGCCCAGGAGGAGUGCAGGGGGGGCCCGCACCAGACCGGAGACAUGAACCUCUGCUGGAACCAGAUCAAGCGCAAGUCCCACAACAUUCGGGUGUGUCUGGAGGCCAUCUCCGAUACCAGCGGGAAGCUGCAGCUGUCCCUGCAGGAGGUCAUCCAAUGGCUGACCGCUAAGGACGAAGAACUGUCCCAGCAGCUGCCCAUAGGUGGCGACGUGGGGGCUGUGCAGCACCAGCGGGACUUCCACCAGGCUUUCAUGGAGGACGUCAAGUCUCGAGGACCGUUCAUCUACUCGCUGCUGGAGUCCGCCCAGUCCUUCCUGGCUCAGCAUCCCUUCCAGGAACCUGAGGAGACUCUGGCUGAGGGCAAAGACGCGAUGUUGAACGUGAGCCGGUCGGUGUGGAAACAAGCCAACGUGGCGAGUGACCUGUGGGAGAAGCUGACCGCACGCUGUGUGGACCGACACAGACACAUGGAGAGGACUCUGGAGCGCCUCCUGCAGAUCCAGACUGGGAUGGAGGAUCUGGUGUUGGCUCUGCAGCAGGCGGAGGGCGUGAGAGACGCCUGGGAGGGCGUGGGCGACCUCUUCAUCGACUCUCUGCAGGAUCACAUCGAUGCCACCAAGCUCUUCAAGCAGGAAGUGACGCAGGUGAAGGAGGGCAUGAAGCAGGUCAACGACCUGGCCCACCAGCUGGCUAUCUCCGACGUCCACCUGUCCGUGGACAACGCCCGCGCUCUGGAGCACCUCAACAACCGGUGGAAGGUGCUGCAGGGUUCCAUUGAAGAGAGGCUAAAGCAGCUCCAAGAUGCACACAGAGACUUUGGCCCCGGAUCCCAGCACUUCCUCUCAAGUUCAGUGCAGAGGCCAUGGGAGCGUGCCAUCUCUCCCAACAAAGUUCCGUACUACAUCAACCAUCAGGCGCAGACCACCUGCUGGGACCACCCAAAGAUGACAGAACUGUACCAAGCACUCGCCGAUUUGAACAACAUCAAGUUCUCCGCCUACAGGACAGCCAUGAAGCUGCGGCGGGUCCAGAAGGCGCUAAGACUGGACUUAGUGGCGCUGAGCAACUUGGUGGAAGUGUUUCGGGAGCAGGAUCUCAGUCAAGGCGAGCGCGUGAUGGACGUGGUGGAGGUCAUCCACGGGCUGACGGCGCUUUACGAGAGGCUGGAGGAGGAGAGGACCGUCUUGGUCAACGUGCCGCUCUGCGUGGACAUGUGUCUCAACUGGCUGCUCAACGUCUACGACAGUGCUCGCAACGGCAAGAUGCGCGUGCUGAGCUUGAAGAUGGGUCUGGUGAGCUUGUGUGAGGCCGACGUCCAGGAGAAGUACAAGUACUUAUUCCAUCAAGUGUCCGGCACGGGAGGAUUGACGGACCAGCGCCACCUCAGCUUGCUGCUCCACGAGGCCGUCCAGAUCCCCCGGCAGUUGGGCGAAGUCGCCGCUUUCGGUGGCAGCAACGUGGAGCCCAGCGUCCGCAGCUGCUUCCGCAUGGCUUCAGGGAAGCCGGCCAUCGAGGUGUCGCACUUCCUGGACUGGACCAGCCUGGAGCCCCAGUCCAUGGUCUGGCUGCCCGUGCUGCACCGGGUGACCGCGGCCGAGUCCACCAAGCACCAGGCCAAAUGUCACGUCUGCAAACAAUGUCCCAUCAAGGGCUUCAGGUAUCGCAGUCUGAAGCAGUUCAAUGUGGACAUCUGCCAGACCUGCUUCCUGACCGGGCGCACCAGCAAGGGGAAGAAGCUGCACUACCCCAUCAUGGAGUACUACACGCCAACCACUUCAGGGGAGAAGAUGAGGGACUUUGCCAAGACCCUGAAGAACAAGUUCAGAUCCAAGCAGUACUUCAGCAAACACCCGCAGAGAGGUUACCUGCCACUCCAGUCCGUGCUGGAGGCCGACAGCUCCCACACGCCGUGUUCGUCGCCCAGGAUGCCGCAUGCAGACACACACAGCAGGAUUGAACAUUAUGCAAGCAGGCUGGCAGAGAUGGAGAACCAGAACUGUUCCUUCUUCACAGACAGCCUUUCUCCUGAUGAAAGUCUAGAUGAAGACCAGUACCUCCUGCGUCACCUGGACCAGGACUCUCCCAUGCUGCUGGUCCACCUGGAGCACCAGGACCAGGACCAGCUCCAGUGCACCUUGGCCCGCCUGGAGGAGGAGAACAGGGUGCUGCAAGGCGAGUACAGGCGCCUGCAGUGGAAACACGAGGAGGCGGCGUCCUUCCCCAUGCUUACCGAGGCCGGCGAGGCCAUCGUGGACGAGCAGCAAGACGAGGAGCUUCUGGCGGAGGCUCGGGUGCUGCGCCAGCACAAGACCAGGCUGGAGACCCGCAUGCAGAUCCUGGAGGACCACAACAAGCAGCUGGAGUCUCAGCUGCACAGACUCAGAGAGCUGCUGCUCCAGCCCAGAGAAGAUUGGGAGGCCAAUGGAUCAGAAGCGUCCACCUUGUCGUCGCCUGUGUCUGCAGGGGGUCACCAGGGUCACCAGGGUCACCAGGGUCACCAGGGGGGCGUGGCCAGCAGGGACACAGAAGCAGCAGGUGACCAGAUGGAAGAUGAGCAGGACACGGUGAUGCAGCUGCAGGAGGUCAUCGAGCAGCUGAGGAACGUCUUCCCUUCUGAACCAGGCACCACCUCACACAUCUAGGAUACCUGGCCCUCAAGGCUGCACGUCACACAUCUCGCUUUAAAAAAGGACCAAAGGGCGCACGAGUGCCGCUCGGCUCGGCUCGGCCCAGUUCAGCUGCACUGGGAGGAGGUGGAAGGUCGUCAGGGGCGACCGAGGCAAGACUCUGAGGGGGUCGAGCUUUAAGCUUCAUAUGUGGCUGCACCUUCAAAAACUAAUCAAUGGGGUUCAAAAUAUGACCAAAAAAAGUUCAUCUCUGACAGAAAUGUUUUAAGCCCCUCCCCCUCCACGCGGAUGUGAAAAGAAGAGAAGGAUGCUGCACAACAGAAGGAAGAAAGCACGUGUUGCCGGGGGGACGGCUGAGGGGCGUGACGCACUUUGACAACCUCGUCACAACAACAUCACGUCUGCUUUGUCACAACACAACACAACACAAGACUCCUUUGAAAGCUCCCUCGCUCCGUUGUGGUACGGUCGCUAGGCAACAAAGGAUGCGGCUGUGAUGAUGCUCGUCACGCAAACGCUAAAGAAGGAAAGCUUUUUAGCCACUUCCUGCUCUCGCCGUCGUCAUUGGUUUCCAUGACGACAUCUCAUACUUGAUCUGGAGGAGGUAAAAAAUAUAUCCCCUCCAUCCAUUUUUUACCGCUUGUCCCUUAUAUGUUUAUUUGCGGAGGAUUUACGACACACGAGUUUGCACGGAGAGCAAAUUUAGAGACUGAAAGUAGAGUUAAACAUGGAAAGGAUGCAGGAAAAGAAAUGAUGAGACGCAGAAAAGUGGAUUAUUUUCAAGAAACACAGAAUUGAAGAGUCCUGCAUCAAGUAAAAUGGUGAACACGCGAUACUUUUAGCUAUAAAAAGACGUCUUAAGAAGCUAAAUGUACUUCAAAUGUGAUGAGGCAAAAUGUUUAUUUACAUACAAAAUAUAUUUAUACGUCCCAUUAAUAUAGUAUGUUCCAUCCAUCCUUUUACUUACAUUACUUUAAAACUAAAACCUUUUAUUUUUAUUUGGAUAAUUCCAAAUUCGGAAGUUUGUUUGUCAUUAUUUUGAUGACAUCAAAUAAUUAAGAAAUAAUUACAUUAAAUAAUAACUGCAACAAUAAUCUUACACUCAAGUAAAUAAUAAAUAAUUAUAUCCCAGAAUACGUCUUUUUUUUUUCUAAUUAGUUUUAAUAUGUAUCAAAUCUUACUAGAUUCUUCUGAGAGCAGACUUGUCAGGUGACUAAAUAAUGACAAAUAUAUGAAUAAAUAAGACUGAUAAUAUAUUAAAUAUAUGAAUAAAUAAGACUGACAAUGUAUUAAAUAUAUGAAUAAAUAAGACUGAUAAUAUAUUAAAUAUAUGAAUAAAUAAGACUGAUGGUGACAAUAUAUUAAAUAUAUGAAUAAAUAAGACUGACAAUAUAUUAAAUAUAUGAAUAAAUAAGACUGAUGGUGACAAUAUAUUAAAUAUAUGAGUAAAUAAGACUGACAAUAGUAAAUAUAUGAAUAAAUAAGACUGAUGGUGACAAUAUAUUAAAUAUAUGAAUAAAUAAGACUGACAAUAUAUUAAUUAUAUGAAUAAAUAAGACUGAUGGUGACAAUAUAUUAAAUAUAUGAAUAAAUAAGACUGAUGGUGACAAUAUAUUAAAUAUGAAUAAAUAAGACUGAUGGUGAUAAUGUAUUAAAUAUAUGAAUAAAUAAGACUGACAAUAUAUUAAAUAUGAAUAAAUAAGACUGAUGGU